AUGGCGGCCCAGGAGGCAGCCCAGGACGAGAGGAUUUCCCAGUAUGAUUCUGCUUUGCUCCUGGAGCUGUCUGCUCUUCUAGGCAUAGAUGCGUUUCAGUUCACCAAACAGCUGGAAGAAGAAAGGCAGAAGGAACGAGAAAAAGUGCAGAAAGGGUUUAACUCACAAAUGCGUAGUGAAGCAAAAAGGUUAAAGAGUUUUGUGAUAAACCAGUUCAGCUCCUGGACGCCCCAGGAGAUGGCUGCGGCCGGGUUUUAUUUCACUGGCAUAAAAUCUGGGAUUCAGUGCUUCUGCUGCAGCUUAAUCCUCUUUAGUGCCAGCAUCCGGACACUCCCUGUAGAGGAUCACAAGAGGUUUCGUCCACGCUGUGAGUUCCUUUUGGGCAAAGAUGUUGGCAACAUUGGCAAGUAUGAUAUAAGAGUAAAGAACCCAGAGAACACGCCGAGAGGGGAUGAAGCUAGGUACCAGGAAGACGGCGCCAGACGACUCCUCGGCUCCUUCCAGAACUGGCCGUUUUACGUGCAAGCGGUAUCCGUGAGGGACCUCUCCGCUGCGGGCUUUGUCUACACAGGUAAAACGGGACUCCUGCAGUGCUUUUCCUGUGGUGGAUGUUUAGGAAACUGGGAAGAGGGAGAUGAUCCUUGGAAGGAACAUGCCAAGUGGUUCCCCAAAUGUGAAUUUCUUCAAAGCAAGAAAUCCUCAGAGGAAAUUGCACAGUAUAUACAAAGCUACAAGGGAUUUGUUGGUGUCAUGGGAGAACAUUUUGUGAAUUCCUGGGUCAGGAGAGAGUUACCUAUGGUGUCAGCUUACUGCAAUGACAUCUUUGCUAACAAAGAGCUCUGGCUGGAUUCCUUUAAGAACUGGCCCCAUCCGUUCCCUGCAGGAGUUGCAGCUCUGGCCAGAGCAGGUCUUCUCUAUCCAGGCGUGAAGGACGCCGUCCAGUGUUUCUUCUGCGGAGGAUGUAUGGAGAACUGGAAGGAAGGCGAUGACCCAUUAGAAGAUCAUGCCAAAUAUUUUUCCAAUUGUCAGUUUCUCCAAAAUCUGAAGUCCUGUGCAGAGGGGAUUCCAGACCUUUACAACCACCAUGAACUUUCCAAAUUAACGAAUUUGAAAAGCGAGAGUAAUAUUUGCAGCUGUGCCUUUUUUCUUCUCCCCGCAGCAGUGGCCCAGGGUGACGCCCAGUGGCUUCAGGAGGCCAGGAGCCUGAGUGAGUGGCUGAGAGAAUCCUACACCAGUGCCAGUUUCCGCCACUUGUGUUUGCCUGAGGUCUGUCCCUCCCCAGCCACCGACCACUUGCUGGGCUGUGAUCUAGCCUUGGCCUUUAGACCCGUCAGCAGUCCUGUGGAAGAGCCUGUGGUGCUGCCUGAGGUCCUCGCCAACUUUACCUCCCAUGUCAUGUGUGUGGAGGGUGAAGCGGGUAGUGGAAAGUCCGUCCUGCUGAGGAAAAUAGCUCUUCUGUGGGCAUCGGGAUGCUGUCCCGUGUUAAACAGACUCCAGCUGGUCUUCUGUCUCUCCCUUAGUUCUGCCAGACCGGACCAGGGGCUGGCCAACAUGGUUUGUGACCAACGCCUCAAGGCAGAAGCCUCCGUUACUGACACGUGCAGGAACAUCAUCCAGCGGUUAAAGAAUCAAGUGUUACUCCUUUUGGAUGACUUCAAAGAAAUGUGCUCAGUUCCCCAAGUCAUAGAAAAACUAAUUCAAAAAAACCACUCAUCAAAGACCUGCUUAUUGAUCGGUGUACACACAGACGGGGCCAGGGACAUCCGCCAAGACCUAGACACGAUUCUGGAGAUAAAAGUGUUUCCCUUCUAUAAUACCAUGUAUUUAUUACGGAGGUUCUUUUCAGACGAUACAACUCGUCUGCAAAAGUUUAUGGUUUACUUUAGAGUGAAAGAAAGUUUGCAGGGAAUUCACAAAACUCCUCUCUUUGUAGCAUCGGUCUGUGCUAACUGGUUUCAGUAUCCUUGGAACAAAUCCAUUGAUGAUGUGGCUGCUUUCGAGUCAUACAGAGAAUGCCUUUUCUUAAAGUGCAAAUCGGUAGCUGAACUUCUCAGAGCAACGGUGUCCUCCUGUGGUGAGCUGGCCUUGAAAGGUUUUUCAGCUUCCUUUGAGUUCAGUGAUGAUGAUCUUAUAGAAGCAGGAAUUGAUGACAAGGAAGAUUUAGGCAUGUGCCUGUUGAGCAAAUUCACAGCCCAGAGACUAAGACCAGUCUACCGGUUUCUAAAUCCCCCUUUCCAAGAAUUUCUUGCUGGGAAGAGGCUGACUGAACUUCUGGAUUCUGAGAGGCAAGAAGAUCAAAAUUUGGGACUCUCUUAUUUGAAAUGAAUUAACUCAUCGAUGAUGGCUAUCGGUCCCUACAGCAACUUUUUACAUUACCUCUCCUGCCACCCUUCAACCAAGGCAGGGCCAAAGAUUGUAUCUCAUUUGCUUCAUUUGGCAGAUAAUAGAGAGUCAUUGGAGACUAUAUCGGAAAAUGGUGAAUACCUGAGGCACCAUCCAGAAAUUUCAGAGAUGAUGGAAUGUAUGAGGAAAGUGUGGCAAAUGUCUCCAAAAGAUUACUUUUCAAUUGCUGCAAAACAAUUACUGGCUCUCCCCAUAAAAGCUGCUUAUCAAAGCACCACUGUUGCUGCCUGUACUCCAUUUAUUUUGCAGUUCCUUCAAGGGAGGGCCCUGAAUUUGGACGUACUUAAUUUGCCAUAUUUUUUUGACCACCCAGAAAGCCUAUUACUGCUGAGGAGCAUCCAGGUCUCCCUAAGAGGAAAUGAGGCACACGGGGCAGAUUUUCCAUUCUUGGAAACAUACACGGACACAUUACAGGUACCGACUGUUGAUCAGGACUGUGCUUCUGCCUUUGAGUCUGUGACCCCAUGGAAGCAGGACUUAGCUGAAGAAGUAGAAAACAUAAAGCGUUUUCAGAAGCUGCAACUCGUGAAGCCACCCAACAUCAGUUCUGGCUACUGGCACCUUUCUCCCCAGCAGCACAAGAUCCCCCUUCUGGAAGUGCGGUCUGACAUGGCCACCCUGAACCAGGAGAUGCUCAGGGUUCUCACGGUCAUUUUCUCGGCCUCACAGCGUAUGGAGCUCCACUUAGACAACAGCGGGGGAUUUAUGGAGGGCAUCCGCCGGGCUCUGGAGCAGAGUAAGGACUCUGUCACCAAGUGCUCGCUGUGCCGCCUGGAGCUGAGUGCAGCCGAACAGGAAUUGCUCCUCACCCUGCCUUCCCUGGAGUCUCUUCACGUCUCGGGGACAAGGCAGGUACCAGAUAAACUUUUUACUAAUUUGGACAAGUUUCUAUGCCUGGAAGAACUUUCUGUGGAUCUGGAUGAUCAACAAAAUGUUUUUUCACUCAUUCCCGAAGAAUUCCACCAUCUCCACCAUAUGGAGAAAUUAUUGGUCCGAAUUCCAGCUGAGGCUAGUCCUACACUAGUGAAAUUAAUUCAGAAUUCUCCAAACCUUCAUGUUAUUCAUCUGCGAUGUAAUUUCAUUUUGGAUUUUGAAUCUCUCAUGACUGCACUUGCUUCCUGCAAGAAACCCAAAGAAAUUAAUUUUUCUGGAUAAUUUUUCAAACCCAUCCCAUUUGUCACUGCUUUGCCCAAUUUUAUUUCUGUGAAGAUACUAAAUCUUGAAAACCAAUACUUUGCUGAUAAGGAAACAUCUGAAAAAUUUGCCUACACCUUAGGUUCUCUUAACAACCUGGAAGAACUGAGCCUUCCUGCUGGGGAUGGGAUUCAGCAAGUGGCCAAACUGAUCAUCCGGCAGUGUCAGCAUCUUCAGUGUCUUCGAGUUCUCUCAUUGCGCCAGAUUUUGGAUGAUGACAGUGUGAUGGAAAUCGCCAAGGUAGCCAUCAAUGGAGGUUUCCAGAAACUUGAGAACUUAGAUCUUUUAGUCAAUCACAAGAUUACAGAGGAAGGAUACAGAAAUUUCUUUCAAGCACUGGACAACAUGCCACACUUCCAAGAGUUGACUAUUUCUAGGUCUUUAACUUACUGCAUCAGAGCUCAGGCCACAACCAUCAAGUCUUUGAGUCAGUGCGUGUUACGACUGCCAAGCCUCAUCAGACUUGACAUGUUAAGUUGGCUCCUGGAUACAGAAGACAUCACACUGCUUAAUGCCAUGAAAGAAAGACAACCUCAAUCGAAACACUUAACUAUUCAGUGGAAAUGGGUACUGCCAUUCUCUCCAAUCAUUCAGGAACAGAAGAUGUAGCUAAAGACUGAAUUAAGAAUUUUUGUCAACAAUUCUAAAAACCUACUGCUCCAAAAACAUUUUCCUAAGUCUUGGAGACAAAAACCAAAAAUGAACACUGCUUGCCCAUCAUCGACCUUAAGGAAUAGAUUACCAGAACCUUGGCAGUCCCCGAAUGAUCCUCCCCAACUAAAUAAAGGUCCAUUCUUCAGUCAAGUUUACACAUCUAACUGUCCAGAACCAAGGAUCAGCAGCGGGUUUCCGGGCCGACUGUGGUAAGGAGAAUAGAAACAGCUAUGGGAAUGGAGGGAGGUACACAGACAUCUUAAAGCCACAAUGUGGAAAACUAUUCAAGUUACAUAUAAUAUGAAUUUUAAGACACAAUCCAUUUUCUACAUAGAUGAAAUAAAA